GUGUCAUACGAGCGGAUCCCGGCCGUUCUCGCUCUUAUAAAAUGGCUCAGUUGUAUCAAGCACAACUGCAAUUGAACAUCAGUAUUCAUGGCUCAAAUGGCAUCUCCUCAUGCGCUCUACAUAUCAGAGAUUUUGUUUGUUAUCUCAUACCACCUUCAGGAUGACAGGAAAGCGCUAGCACGUCUUGCUCGUUGCUGUCAUGCAUUCUCAGAACCUGCUCUGAGUGUACUAUGGUCCUCAGUGCGGUCUUUCUCGCCAUUCAUUCCCCUCCUACCGCCGACCGUGAAGUUCUUAUGGGACCACAGUCAGUUUGACGAAGUGACCCUUGCCGAGUUCCAGUGCCCGCCUGAAGAAGAAUGGAGGGUAUUUGACAGUUACGCCCGCAGAGUGCGCAGACUACAUUCUGGAUCGCAUGGUCACCAAAUAGUAGCCCGCAUACGCUCCGAAACCAUUGUAUUCCCUUUGCUACGAUCCCUGUCUCUUCAACUCGUCGAGCCCCUUGAUAUGCAAGGCCACCUCUUCCCAGACUCGCUACGCUCUUUGAAGAUAUCCGGGCCUGCAUAUGUACACUGCGAAGAUGACCGCGUCCAAAUGGCCAUCGCACACGUAGCUCGCGAUGCGCCGUUGGUAGAAUAUCUUCACAUCGAAGAUUAUACCUAUUCUGUGGCCCAGUCAUCACUGUCGCCUCUCCAUUUUGCUCAUCUCCGAGCUGUCGAAAUAUCUGCAUUUUUCGAUUACACCCUCCUACAGUCUCUAUGUCACAUCCUUUCCCAAGCACCUGUCACACAACUCAAACUCGAGCUUCCACCACUCCCAAAUAAGGAGUGGAAUAUUUCAACCCCUGUCUUUCCCGCUCUAAUAUCGUUGCAAAUUUGUGGUCCUCCGGCUUCUGCCGAACAAUUCAUAUCCCAUCUUGCCAGCAAGAAUCUUCAGGAGCUUAGUAUCAACCACACAAGAGGACCCGCGAGCGUUGCGGAUUACCGCCAACUUCUUUCAUGUAUUGCGGAUAAAUACAGCAAUACUCUUCAGCAACUUUCGCUGUCACUCAGUCAGUCGUCCACCCCGGGCUACCCGUACGAUCUUUCCCAAGCAGUCCUCGAUGCCUUUUACGCACUCGCACCAAGUUUCAGUCGACUAGAGACUCUACACCUAUCGUUGCCACAUAAUCGCUACGUUCAUCUAGCGCCUGAGCUCACAUUUGAGUCUCCUACAUGGCCAUCUCUCAAGCUUCUUGACUUUUAAGCGAUAUAGUGUUUUAUACGGAAGAGCUGAAGGGGCGCCCGGUGCUGUAUAUUUUAGGAAGUAUAUAUAACGUAUUGAUCAGGUGUUAGGUUACUGUUAAUGCGAGUGUAGAACAUGAGAAGACUGUGGCAGUGUGGGAGUGUUGGUGAGAACGGUGCGUCAAGGGGGAAGUGCAAGGCAAGCUAUUAUGAGACGAUACCGCUGACCAUGCGUGGUGCUGCUGACUAUACG